AUGAGCGCCUGGAUGAACGACGCCGUCCCCAACCACAAUGGAAACGGCUUCCCUCACAUGAACGACCCCAACUCUGCCGCUGCCAUGAUGGACCCGUCAGCCUUUAUGGCCAACCCGGGUCAGUUUAACCCGGGGCAAUUCCCUAACCAGCAACAGAUGGCUGGUAUGCAGAAUGGUCCAAUGCGACACGGCUCGCCGACGUACCAGAGCCAGAACCAACCCCCGAAUCCGAAUCCGAAUCAGAACCAGAACCCCGUCUAUCAAACCAACCAAGUGAUUCCAUCAAAACGCCCUCGUCCUCGCGAAGAUAGCGUCACAGGGUCGCCACUGCAGAACCCGGGCAUGCAACCGCCGUCGCGUUCCGAAACGCCGCAACAACAAAACUUUGGUGCUUUUCAACCCGCCGGUGGUGCCAUGCCUCCACAAGCUCCCGGCCAAUUCCCCCAUCUACAGCCCAACGGAUCUGCCAAUGCCAGUCCCUCCCCCAUCAUGGGAAACCAAAUGCGACCAGGAAAUGUGCCUCAGCGAGUGGCCACCGCCUCACCACAUCCCUUCUCACCUGGUCCGCAGCAGCAAUUCACCGGCUCACAAGCGUCUCCAAUCCCUUCUGAGCAUGGCACGCCUCAACCAAAUUCAUACAUGCAGGCCAUGCCUCCGGGGUAUAAUCCGGGGUACGCGCAGUCGCCUUCAAAUCCUCGCCCGUCUCCUAACCCCAAUGCGAUGGCUAGCGGCCCGGCUCCCGGCGCCCAAAUGAUACCUCAACAGAUGGGACAAAUGCCGCAGCAUAUGGGUCAAAUGCCGCCAAAUAUGUACCAGCAAAUGCAGCAGCAGCAACAGCAGCCUGGCCAGCCGCAAUCGCAGCAGGGUCAGCCGAGACCGCAAGGCAUGACUGAUCAACAGAAGAUGGCAGCGUACCAGAUGCGUCUUCACCAACACUUGCAAGGAAACAUGCAAAUGCAGCCACAGAUGCAGACCCAGAACAUGGGUCGCGGAAUGAUGCCGAAGCAGCAGAUGUCCGGUAUUCCAAAUGGUCAAGUGCCUCAGGGCGCUAUGAGACAGCAACCCAGGCCCAUGGGAAACAUUAAUCCGGAACAUUUCAUGAAGAACCUGGUGGCCCUAAUGAACGCAAAAGGACUGCCUUUGGACCCGAAUCCCAUUGUAGUUGAUCGACAAGUCAGCCUUGUCAUGUUGUUCCAAGUUGUUCAAUCCAAGGGAGGCUACAAGGCCGUGACCACGGGCAACGGUUGGGGAUUUGUUGCCCAGGCUCUGGGACUACCGGCGCAUAUACCGACUGUACCACCCACUCUGAAGCAGGUGUACGAGCGAAAUCUGGCAAAGUUUGAGGAAGUGUGGAUUACACAGCAGCAGAAGCAUCGGAUGAUGCAGCAGAAUGCAAAUAUGGCUGGUCCAGGAACACCGCAAAAGCAGAUGCAGCCUGCACAGCAGAUGAACCAAGGGCAGAUGCCUCAGGGACAACAGCAGCAGACCCCAAUAAAACCUGGUCAAGCCCCAGUCAAUGGGUUUUCCACUCCUCAACCGUCGCAGCAACAACCACAUCUCCAACAGCCACUACAGCAGCCUCAUCUAGCCCCGCACGCGCAGCAGCAACAAGCUCCUCUCCAGCACCAGCACCAGCACCAGCACCAGCACCAGCAACAACAACCACAACCACAACACACAUCCAACUCCAAUGCCAAACCAGGCCACAGAAGCAGUAUGUCACGAGGUGCAGAUGCCUCCGCGCCCAACGACUUCUCCAUACCGUCGCCCUCACACGCCCGCCCUGGCAGUGUCUCUGUCGAUGGUCGGCAGGCAACUCCCCUGCCUGCUGUUGGUGCUGACGACCCGAUGCCUCGCAUGCCCCCGAAGCCCGAAGACUACAGCCCAUGCGCAAGGGAACUAUCGACAUAUGGCGGGAUUGACACUCAUGCUGCUAAUCUCCUCGGCGCUGAGUUGGAACGAUGGGAACCGACUGUUCCGUCUGUAAACGAGCUGGGCAACAUUGACAUCUCCGCCCUUACUCGCAGUCUUCAAUGUGGUAUCCACGGUGAAGUGCGCCUAGCUCUCGACACACUUGCUACGAUUUCCUCGUCCCCAAACCAAGCACAUUUUCUACAUCUCAGAGCUUGUGAUGAUCUGGUCGAAGCUUUGGUAGACUGCGCUGAAACCCAGAUAGACCUUCUUGUUGAACAUGCGACCGAGGUGGCUGAUGAGAUUCAACUUGCUUCAUAUGAGGAUGUGGUCAGAGCAUGCCGAAUAGAGCGAUGGGCUGUGACAGACGUACCUGCUUUUGGUAGCAUCGAUUAUCAACUCGAUCGAGCCGUGGACCGACUUAUUUGCAUAACAACGAUUUUGCGCAACGUAUCGUUUCCCGGCGAAAACAACGAGAACCACUACAUGCUCUGCGAAGAAUAUGUGGUCAAGAUGCUCUGCUCCGUUAUCCGGUAUCUUGGAACGCGUACGAUGCUUCUCCGGACACACGCCAAUACCCUUGAUUUCAUGAAGGACGUUGUGGUUUUCCUAUCCAACAUCUCGAGCCAAUUGGAGAUUCCUGGCCGGGAACAGGCUUUGAGCCUCUUGCAUUUCCUGCUCGCGUUUGCUCCUGUUCCAGGCCCAACAAUGGCCAGCGACACGCUCAACUUCACUCCAUACGACCCCAGUAUUCAUUCCUAUCUUCCACAUGCGGUUGAUGCCCUGGCCAAAUUGCUUGCUCGUGACGAACCGAACAGAGGCUUUUACAAGGCGCUUUUCACUGUUGAUUCUUCAUCACCGCUAGCUAACGAGCUUCUCGUCCGGGCGUUUGCCUUGGCUAUAUCGCCUUUACCAGACAAGGCCAGGGAACAAUUGCGACCGAGUACACUUCCGCCACUAUUUGAGGCUAGAAAGCCGUUUCUAAUGCAAGGCCUCCUGGGCGCGGAAAUCAUAGCUUCCCUUGUGCCAGGAUCCGAAUCGGGAAUGGCUCGAGCACUUCUUGCAUCAGGCAACUGCCUUGCACAAAACCUGGUUAAGCUGAUCCAGAAUCUGUGCAUCUUGUACGAAAAGCCACCCCCUUCUGCUCGUGGCGUCGGCCGGGCAGCCGCAGCUAGGAAAGACCCUGAGCUUGUUUAUAUUGUUGCUGUUGCCGUCUCACUUCUGCGCCGUCUUGCCGAAAAGGCAAGAGAUUCUGCAGGUUCCGCGUCUGCAGGUAUCGGCGACCUACUGCCGCAGCCCCAGGUGCUGAUGGACGCGCUGAUGAUGCAAUCUCCUGAAUGGACGAAAGAGGGUUUACUUCCGCAGUUGACAGCUGUGCUUAAUUUGGAUGGAUGA